AUGUCCUUUCUAAAGGAUAUAGAGAAACUAGCGCAGCCUGUUUUUCAACUUCCAGAUUUGGAGGAUGAAGACGUUGACGGCACAUCAUCAAAAGCAGUUUCCAAGACCAAAUCCGAGGACGAUAACGGCGUUUCAAAUCUGAGAAGGAGAGUGAUAGCAUUGGAUGUUGAUGAUAGCUCCAAAUAUGGCGGAACAAAGGUUUCACGAAAUGAAAUUUUCGAUGAUUUUUCCGGAAUGACAGGCCUUUCUGACCAUCCUGCGACAGAAAAUGGGCAUGAUGAUCAGAGCGAUGUAGAAGAUGAGGCUGAUGAGGAUGAUGAUGAAUCUGGUAAAUUGAUCUUACCAUCAUUCACUCUGUGA